AUGGAACAGCGGGAGGAACUUAAAGCAAUGGGGGCUAAACUAGUGCUAGAGGAAACAAGAUUGGUAGUGCAGCUAUUAUUAAUAAAAAUAUAAGAGAUGUUUCCAAGGGUAAAACAGCCAAUUCAAUAUAAAAGGCAGUAGGAUAAACUGUCAAGUCAAAAAUGGUAACACAUUCUCAGCCUUAAGUGCUUCAAGGGCAUCAUUGACAAUAAGAUUAGAUAGCUAGAGGAAUAGGCAUAGUCAAAGAACAAACAGCUCAAUUCAGCCAGAGGAGCUCCAAUAUCUAGAAACACAGACUUGAAUGCAAUUACCUCUUAGAAAUCAAGUUAAAGCAAGCAAUCUACUAGCACAGUCUAGCAUGUAAAACAAGGAGCACAGAUCACUCAGUAAUAAAACAAUUAUGAAGAGAACCAUGGCUCAAUUGAGAUGAAUCACAACAAUGAGAGCUCCCCAAACAAUUUUAAUAAUAUUUAGCAAUAACCUAAUUCAAAGCAAUCUAGUGUUGCAAGCCUUAUGAAUUUCUCAGAUGAGUAUCAGCAAUUCCUUAGUCUAGUAAAUCUCCAAAAUCCCCAGCAAUAUAGGCAAAAGAAGAUGAGCAUUAGUAAUCUACUAAGGAUGAUAGAGGAGAUAUAUGCAUUUAGAUAUCAAAAGGAUACUAGUAAGCUAUAAAGUUCACAGAGCAAUUUCAAUCCUGCCGAUAAAGCACUAUAUGUUACAGUCUUUGACUAUUUGAAUCAAAAAUUCAAACAGAAAAAGAUGCUAGAUUAAGCUACAAUCGACUUCAUUGUUUCAAUAGAUUACUUUAGAAAUCAGUCGACUGAAGUAUAAACAUUCUAUAAUUUCUUCAUUCAGAACUUAGAGAUCAAGGAUCUUAUGUUCUACUUGUACAUGCGAUCUCUAGCUGAGAAGGAAAUCAAUUAGGUAAUAACAAGAAUGAACACUGGAGAUGUGAGAUUGCUUAAAAUCCCUAACCAAAAAUGCGUAAAGCUCAUCAGAAAUUUCUUCUAAAACAUCAGCAAUAGUGAUAACAUAGAGGAUACUUCGUAAGUUGAAGAGAUGUCCCAGAUUUUUCUAGAGACCCUUAUUGAGGAGGCCAUUGUGCAUGAUAAGUAUGAUGAGAUAGAAUAGAAGAUGUCCUUCUCAUUUUUCUUAGAAUCCUUGUUAAAAGAAUUUUAAGAGCAAUAGCAAAAGGGGAAUGAUAGUGAAAUUGUUGUCUCAGGUUAGGAUCAGUUUUCACUGAAUAAUGACAUGUACAAUCAAUAAAACUUUGGAGGUGAUUCCCCUUAACUUGACAUUAGAAUUGAUGACGUAUCUCCCUUUUCCCAGAAUAUAAGCGGAAUCAAAAGCUAUAAGCAAAGUACAGGAAACUAAAAUUUUGAUAAUUUUAAUCUGAAGCUAAGGUCUCAAGACAAUAGACUAGACUUAGAUGACAGUGACUUAGGUGUUGGUGGGUAUUAAGGAGGCAAAUCAGUCAAUCUAGAGACAAUUAGCAAUGAAUAGAAGUAUGUGAUAAAGGAUAAGAUUCUAAAGUAUGUUAUUGGGAAUAAACUGAAUCAAGUAAUAUCCUUCAUGCUCUCACACUACUCUGAGGAAUUAAGCAAGGAAGUACUAGACAUAAUCAAGGAGGAAAUAAGAAAUGUGCUUUCCAAUAAGAUAAAAUUGCUUCUAGAUGCUGCUUUUAGUUAGAGUGAAAAUUAAUGGGUCAAGCUAUUAAUGAUAUCUUAGUACACUGAGGAGCAUCGUAGAUAGUUUUAGCUUUUGAUACUUAAGAUAAAAGAGUCAGUUACUAAUACUAUUCAUGAUAUGGGAAAGGGGGGAUUAAAUGUUCAGAUGAGAUUUGAAGAUCUGGAGGACUUAGCAAAGAUGAUCCUGCAUGUUAAUGAACUCAAGCAAGAACUGGCUAAACUGGUGGGUAGCUUGACUCUUUAAGCUAGAGUUGGCAUUGAAACAGAGUCGGAUGAUCAUGUCUCCUUCAAUAACGGAGUCAAUGUCAAUAUGGCCUUAGGAGGCAAUUAUAGAAGUGGGGAUAGUGAAUAUGGAAUGAAUAACGAUCCCAAUGAUAAAAGUAUGAUGAAAAAUUAUUUGAGAAAUAGAUACUGA